AUGUCCCCGAGAGGCUCCUCUGCUGCGUCCCCCUCCACUCACAGCCCUCGCAGCUCCACCACUGCCCCAUAUACCCGCCGCUCCUCCAGUCAACCAAAGUCCUCGCGUCAGCAGUUUUCUGCUUGCGGCGCGUGCCGCAUGCGAAGAGUUCGCUGCGACCUCAAGGACCUCCCUAUCAAUUCCCUGGGGCCCCAUCCCGCCUGUUCAAACUGCACAGAACGAGGAAUUAAAUGCGUCGACGAAUUCGCUGAUGUGAAAGCCGUGAAACUCCUCAGACGAGGUCGGCGCCUGCAGCAAGUCGAAGCGAUCUAUGGGAAGGUCGCUGACCAGGACGGAAACUCGUCCUCCACGAGUUCCGCCUCGAGGGCAUCAAGUAUCAUCCCAAUUCUCCACUCCGACUUCUUCACCUCACAAUUCUGGCGCUCGUUCGUCAUACAACGUCCCAUACUCGACUUACUAGAGUUCCCCGCUCGAUUUGCCGCCCAUUGCAAAGGGACUCGCCUUCUUGGAAACGAGGGCGGUCUAAUCGCAAUGAUGCUGGUCACUUGGGCGGCGUCAUUCGGUCUGGACGAACGGGGAAUGCCCCGCUCAGACGGCUCUCCCGUCGGCCCGCACGGUACACCAGAUACGUCCAGUUCUGAUGCGUCAGCACACCUGGGGACCAGCUUGCGCCAGCGAAAGAACAAGACGGAGGCCUUUCUGCGAGAAAUCAUGGAGCUCAUCGACCUCUAUGGCGUUUUGCGGCGCCCGACUUUAGACGGCCUUCGUGUUCUCUUACUGCUCCUUCCCCUCAUGGAGGAUGGACAGCCCCUCGAACGGUUAGCCAUUCAUGAAGCAGCCCUGUCACAAGUACAAGCACUCUGCGUGCUAUCUGCCUCUCAGUCGUCGAGUUUCGACGAUGCAUCAGUGCGCGCUAGGCUGUUCUGGUACGCCUAUACCCAAGAGGGCCUAAUCACAGGCAUUCGGGGCGGUCGUUUUGUCCUGGGCGGGGACGACUUGGAAACUUUCCAAAGGACAUUACCGCCGCUUAAUUUUGACAUGGGACCCUCCCCGCCAUCGCCACCCGCCAUCGAGCACGCGUCAGCCAUGGGCGGCUACUCUGCUGAGCCGUCACACUUCAGCGGCAAGGUGUUCGUGAACUUAAUGCACGCCGCUGCAACGCCGCUGGACCUCGGCAACGCCUGUCGAAAAAUCCAUACCGUGCUUACCGGUAUUAAGGCAACACGGAGGGCAGAGGACCACGGUGUCGUAGACGCUCACGGGAUGCGCGAAAUCUGGAGCGACCUGGACCGGUGCUGGCAAGAGCUUGACGCGAUGCUGGCCGCCCCGCUGGACCCUCACGGCAAUCCCCAGCGAAGGAUCGAGCUUAGGCAGUUUGUCAGUAGCUGGCGGAUCGUCAUCUUUGAAUGUCACAACGUUAUCCGUGAGGCCCUCAAACAGUUCAUCACGAAGCCCCCCUCCCAAGCCAUAUACUCGGCGUCUUCCCCUCCCCGCCCGUCGUCCUCGCACUCCUCGAAUUCGUCGCCAUAUUUAUCGCCCGAGCAUCUUCAUGGCAUUGCUUCACGGCGCUGCCUUGCUCUCCUGCCGCGUAUCAUCAGGAUAAUUCGCUCUCAUACAGCGAGAGAGAACAUAGAAUUCCAGGGACUUUUCCGGUGGGACGCAGGCUUGGUUCGGGACGGAUGCUUUUUUGCCGCCUAUCUCGCCGCCAGUGUGGAGGGAGAUUUAAUCGAAGUCUCUGAAGUCGACAGCCGGGAGGGCAUCGACGCCAAUCUCACCGUCGACGAGGCAGUUUCUGCUUGCCUCGAUGCUCUGUCGAGCAUGCAGUGGGCAUAUUCGAAGAGCGAAGAACGAGAAGAGACAGUCAGAAUGAUCUGGGAGGGCCGCAAUCUCCGCCGUCAAGAACAACAGCACCACGGGUCCCUCUACGACGCUGAUUACCCUCAAUCGGCGCCACCGACCAUCUCGCAAAUGCCUCUCAACCUCACCUCGCAUCACUCUGCACACCCCUCACUCGCACCGGGGGGAAUCCGACACAUGCUCCCUCCUAUCAACUUUAUGGCUCAGCGACGGGUCGAGUCGGCCCCGAGCUCAAGUGCCAGUCCUGACGGUCGUGGGAUGAAUGGGUGGCCUUCAUACACCCCGCCAGGGACAGCGACCUCUGUCGCCACCAGCGCAGGGGCAUGGAGCGGAAGCGGACGGGGAUCCCCCGUGUUCGCAAACAUGCCCCCGUUCAAGGCAUCUGAGGAUAGGACUUACUAUCCCACGUCUAGUGAUAUCGACCAGUUCACCUACAACGCGCCGUUCACGGGAUCUGGUGUGAGGGAGGGUGCGGGGAUGCCGCAGGAUACAGCGCAGUACGCACCACGACACGCAGGGAUCGAGGCGCAUGCGAAUUUGGCGGCGGGUCCGGCGACGAAUUACAUGCCAGCUGCUAUUUGGUGA